UGUACACACACACACACACGCUCCUGCUCUCUCCUGCUUACAGUGACCACCAGCUACUGUAUACUGAACUCUGUGUCCGUAGACCUGCUGUACUGCUCUACCCAGAGAGAGUUGGAUGAGCUCUGGUUGGACUCCAGCAGCAGGACUGUAAGGGCUUGGUCUGUAGAGUUGGAUGAGCUCUGGUUGGACUCCAGCAGCAGGACUGUAAGGGCUUGGUCUGUAGAGUUGGAUGAGCUCUGGUUGGACUCCAGCAGCAGGACUGUAAGGGCUUGGUCUGUAGAGUUGGAUGAUAUCACUCAGUGGCUGUACUCUUUGAAGCCUGUGUUGCAGGAGGCUGGCUUGCUCCACGUGCCUCAGAGAGCGAGACGGGAGAGAAGAGAUUUACAGAGGCAAGCCAUCUAGACGUGACAUAUAGACAGCACCUGCUCUCUCUCUCUCAAGGAGCUCUUCUCUUGUUCUCCUCUCAGUUGGCCUGCCUGCCAUCCCACACUGACUAGACAGGAUGACAUGGCGUCCUCAGUAUCGCAGCUCCAAGUUCCGCCACGUGUUCGGUAAGGCCGCCACCAAGGAGAACUGCUACGAUGGAGUGCCCAUCACGCGGAGCGUCCACGACAACCACUUCUGCGCCGUCAACCCGCGUUUCAUUGCCGUCAUCACAGAGUGCGCCGGAGGCGGAGCCUUCCUGGUCCUCUCUGUCCAUCACACAGGGAAGGUGGACCCCCUUCACCCCAAAGUGUCAGGCCACAGAGGUAACGUACUGGACAUCAAAUGGAACCCCUUCAACGACUUCUGUAUAGCAUCCUGCUCGGAGGACUCCACGGUGAAGGUAUGGGACAUCCCUCCCCAUGGUGUGCUGAAGAACCUGACGGUGCCGUGGAAGGAGCUGCAGGGUCACAGCCGCAGGGUGGGCCUCAUCGAGUGGCACCCUACUGCCAACAAUGUGCUCUUCAGCACUGGCUAUGACUACCAGGUGAUGAUCUGGAACCUGGACAGCCCUGAGGCGGUGAUAAAGAACCCGGUGCGGACCAUCAGCCACCACACUGACGUGGUGCUCUCCAUGUCCUUCAAUACCGAUGGCAGCAGGCUGGCCACGUCCUGCAAGGACAAGAAGAUCAGGGUUCUAGAGCCACGCACUGGGAACCUGCUACAGGAGGCCAACUGUAAGAACCACAAAGCCAGCAAGGUGCUGUUCCUGGGGAACCUCAAGAUGCUGCUGUCCACCGGCAGCUCCCGCUGGAACCACAGACAGAUGGCCCUCUGGGACCAGGAGGACCUAGAUGUGCCUUUGUUACAGGAGGACCUAGAUGGUUCGUCUGGGGUGCUCUUCCCUUUCUACGACCCAGACACACACAUGCUUUACAUAGCAGGGAAGCUCUCUCUCUCUCCCCAUCUUUUUCUCUCUCCCCAUCUCUUUCUCUCUGUCUCUCUCUCCAUCUCUCCCCAUCUCUUUCUCUCUGUCUCUCUCCACCUCUCUCUCCAUCUCUCCCCAUCUCUUUCUCUCUGUCUCUCUCCACCUCUCUCUCUCCCAUCUCUUUCUCUCUCCCUCCAUCUCUCUCUCUCCCCAUCUCUUUCUCUCUAUGUCUCUCUCUCCCCAUCUCUUUCUCUCUGUCUCUCUCUCUCUCCCCAUCUCUUUCUCUCCCCAUCUCUCUCUGUCUCUCUCUCUCUCUCUUCCCAUCUCCUUCUCUCUGUCUCUCUCUCUCUCCCCAUCUCUCUCUGUCUCUCUCUCUCCCCAUCUCUUUCUCUCUAUGUCUCUCUCUCCAUCUCUCUCUGCCUCUUUCAGGGUGAUGGUAAUAUCCGGUACUAUGAGAUCAGCUCAGAGAAGCCCUACAUGCACUUCCUCACAGAGUACCGCUCACACACUCCUCAGAAAGGAAUGGGUAUCAUGCCAAAGAGAGGCCUGGACGUGAGCUCCUGUGAGGUGUUCAGGUUCUACAAACUGGUGACGAUCAAGGCCCUCAUCGAACCCCUCUCCAUGAUCGUACCUCGCAGGUCGGAGUCGUACCAGGAUGACAUCUACCCCAUGACGGCAUCGAGCGCGGCCGCCAUGUCGGCCGAGGAGUGGCUUAGCGGCAUUGACAAAGGCCCGGUGCUUCAGUCUCUGAAGCCUGGGAGUCGAGUACCGGACUCCUACCCGGAGCUGAGCUCCGGCCUGGGCAGUAAGGGGCUGGGCAACUCCCUGGGCACUCGGAGGUCCCAGAGCCGACCAGGCCAACUGCAGCUGGCGUACAUCCAGGACCAGCUUGGCAACAAGGAGUGCAGGAGUAAGACGUCUGUCAGCAACGGACAGGACCCCACGCUCUGCUCGCCUCCCAAAACAGAGAACGAGGUAUGGGGCGGUUUCGAUCUGCGUCUGAAGUUCCACAAGCAGCAGGAGGAGAUCCGGCGUCUGCGGGAGAUGCUCAACCAGAGGGACGUACGCAUCAAGCAGCUGGAGCUGGAGAUCAACAACGUGAGGAAUUCCCAGGACUCGCACUGAGAAGAGGCUCCUCUUGCCCCCUCCGUCGUACCAAGCCAUCCUCACCUCUCCCUGGAUUACUCUCUGACCACCCCCUCCCCCGCUCUCUCACCCUGGGGGUCUCACUGUAAUUAACACCCCUCUAACCCCUCGACCCCCACCUUCCUUACCCUAAAGACAAGGGCCCUUCCCAGGGGCCUCGCUGUCUCAUCGCAGAACACUAUCUGUCUCUGUGGAUGGGUCAAAGCCUCACCAGGGCUUCUCAUGUCCCCCAUAUAUGUACAUACACCAAUAGACUCUCAGUCACUCCUCAAUAUGUAUCAUAUUUUAAUGCUACUGCAUCAACAUACAUGUAAGCCGCUUGUCCCUCUCCCUGCUCCUCUCCCCAAAGUCACUUUUCCUUUUUCCUUUUGUACACUUCAGAGCUAUGCAAGUUUCAUGUAUUUUAGUUUUGUUUUUGUGGUAAAAAAACAACAUGUUUAUGCCCUUUUUAUUUGAAAACGAAUGAAAAUAAGAUGUAUGUGCCUGUCUUUAAAAGAUGCUGUGGUUGUCUGCUGGUUAUAUUUGAAUGUUGUCCGGAUGGGAGCAGAUGUCACACAUGAUUGUAAGAUACACUGAAUUGAUUUCCUAUGCUUUGUGAUUUUGCAUAUUUAAACAACUGUACACGGAUGGAUGCUGGUGGAGAUGUCUGCGGUGGUGUCUACAUCUAGAAUGACAGAGUAUAUGUGUGGGUGAGAGAGAGAGGGGGAAAGAGACAUGCUGUAAUUUUGUAUAUAUUGAGUCAAUUUGGGUCUUUUGCAUUUAAAGGUAGACUCAGCGAUAUGACGUAGAUGCAGAAAGUAAACAUAGUGGGUCAAUUUCCACAACAACUAAGGGCGUUGAAGCGCGAGGCGAAACUUCACCGCUUUAUUUUGUCCCGCUACCGCUGUGUGAACAGCGUGAAGCGUACCCGUGCACAUGCGCAGAUACAGUGUGUGACUGUGAGAACGAAGUCUUGCAUCUCACUCGUCACAAUAUCUGCGGUGCUGCUCGUGGCAACGUCAUUUCACUGAGUCCAACUUUAAUGAAGCUGCGUUUUGUUUUAAUGACUGGUAAACUGGUGAAAGAUCAAUCAACUGAAAGAACCAUCGUUUCCCAGCAGCUUUUAAAUACACCAUUUAUUUUUCCCGAAAGCAGCACAGGGAAUCUCACUUGUCGUUUUUAAAAUUGCAUUUAUUUAUUCUGUUUUUUUUAAUUUGUUGACAAAAAAAAGGUAGUAUGGAAUGAUGACCAAUUACAGAGGCAUGUUUUCACACCAGUGGUCACAGCCAUGCUUCAGGCACACCAUUGAGUAUGUCUAACACUAUCAGAUAACACAUACACCACAUCAUGUAGGGAGUGGGUUGGUAGGGCACACAAAGUUUUACUGUUUGGUGCUGGUCCAUCCGUUUUCAUUGGUCCGAAGCCACUGUGUAAAAGUAGGAAUGAUUGUUUUAAAAAAGGGAUUGAAUGAACCUCAAAAAGCCAUUGUGUAAUAUAUGACUUAACAGGGAACUUGAUAACUGUGUUGUUAAUUUGUAAGUGCUGACCCAAGUGAUUGGGUUGUCUCUUGAAAACAACAGAGGAAACUGUAAAAGGGAAUAUAUGUGUUUGGAGCAGGCUCAUUUGUUCAGGAUAACACUAAGCCUUUGUUUUUGAUAUGAUGUCCAUUGCGUUUGUGAUGCACUACAGAGGAGGCUGGUUGGAGGAUCUGUAGGAGGACAUGCUCAUUUUAAUGGCUGGAAUGGAAUGAAUGUAACAGAGUCAAACAUGUGUUUGAUAUCAUUCCAUUUAUUCCAUUCCAGCCAUCACAAUGAGCCCAUCCUCCUAUAGCUCCUCCCGCCAGCCUCCUCUGCAAGUACUUACUUGGUGGUUCAUAAUAUUUUGAAAUGGAAAUACUAUGGCAAGAAAUGGGAUUGGAACUGCUCUGUAAUUGUGCAUCAUAAUAUGUUAGUUAGACAAUCAGAGACCCACUGCCCCUGUCCAAAGAAAAGCAAGAGGCCAACGUUUGACUGUAUAUCGAAUAUCGACAUUUUACACAAGCACGGCACACAUACGCCAAAAUAUAAUUGUGAGCUAUUCAACACUUGUGAGGAGGCAUCUAGAGAAGACAUCCCCUAUUCCCAUAGAGAACCGUGGUCAAAGAGCAGCAUGAGGGCAAGCCAACCAUUGUCACCGCUAGUAUAGAUUUAUUAAUAAAACAUUAACAUGUAACUGCAUAUGCUUGGAUAAUAUUGCACUAAGUGGGCCAGGGCACCUGCAAUGUGUUUGGUUUUAGCCUUAUUUGUCAGCUCAUAAAUGCUAUUGUAUGUAGGCCAAUGUAGCUCAGUCAGAGUAUUGCCAUUUGAAGGGUAAUAUUUCUAAAUGGUACUUGACUGAAUGGAGUCACUACUUAGCUAAUGGCACCUUAGGGAAGACAGUCUCAGAAACAAUCCGAAAAGCGACUGUUAUUGUAAUCCAGAUGGUCAUUGUGGAGUGCAUGUAGUCUAUCUUGUCUAGCUAGCUUGGCAUGUGUACUUUAGCAAUAAGUCUCUCGGUCUUUUGUAGACCUUUUGCAUUUACUGCCAACUACAAUGGCUAGAUAUCUGGCAAUCACAUCCCUGUACUACUACUUUGGUGCUUGGGCCUCUUUAAGUAUUGUAGACUUCACCGACUACUGUAUCCAAUUUUUCUUCAGAAAAGAUACGGUCAAGACCAAAUCACAAAGUCCAUUCCAGGGACUUGAUGGCAUUUUAAAUCCCCAAACUGUGUGUGUGUCCCAUUUACAUUUUUACAGAAGCAAUAUUUUAGCAGUAGAAAUAGCAGUAGUUUGAGGGAAAUACACUACGAUCACUAGCAUUAUCUUGCUCAUUGGAAACAAGGACAUCUGUAUAAAUAAUUUGAAAAUGGAGGGUUUCUGCUGGGCAAUAUCAUGACUGAGCCUUACUGUGCCUAAGAAUCAAGCUGCAAUUUUAGUUUUCUUUUGUAUAGGUAUUAUGAUGUCUUUCAGAACGAAUAUUAUUAUUAGUGUUCACACAACUCAAUUUAAAACAAUUUAUGAAAUGAUUCUAAUUUUGUUCCUGUUAUGUUUAAUAUUGUUUUUAUAUAUAUCAAGAACUACAUCAGGUGUAGAGAAUAAAAAAAUAGGUGAAAACAUUA